AUGAAGCUCCUCCCUUCCCCCCUACAAAUACUCCUUCUUGCCCUGCUCUCCUCCGUUGCUCACGCCCAAUUUGGUUUCUUCGACCAAAUGUUCGGCGGCGGAGGGCAACAGCAGCAGCAGCGCCAACAACCGCAGAACGUACCUAGCGACUCGUCCAUCUACCGCUCCAACUUUGAUCGUAUGCAUUGCGAUAAUUACCUUUGCCCAGAUACUCUUGCUUGCGUGCACUUCCCCCACCACUGCCCCUGCCCGUGGCCCGCCCAUGAAGACAAGUUCGAGAUGGGAGAUGGUCACCGAAUUUGCGCAUCUAAAGGAGGAUUUAAACCUGGGGAGGCCGGAAGAAAAGUCGAACUCGCUCGGAAGGGACUGCUAUGA